CCUCCCGGCGCUGCGGCCGCCCGGCUCCCGCUGCUCCGCUCCGCCCGGCCCGGCUCGGCUCGGCCCGGCCCGGCCCGGCCCGGCUCGGCCCCGCCGCGCCGCGCUGUGGCAGCCGCCGCGGGCAGGCGGACGGCAGACGGCGGCGCCGGGCUCUGCCAUGCGGGCGGUCGGCGGCGGGGCGCGGGGCGGGUGAGGGCGGCGGCGGCGGCGGCGGCGGCUGGUCCCGCCCGGGGGAGCCGCCGGAGCGGCGGGGAGCGGCGCGCAGGGCAUGCCAUCCGCCUCGCCCCGAUGUUUCACUGGGGCAAGUGGAAGAAGAGGAUGGGAGCGAGCGCCUCCUCCUCCAAGAGACCCGUCUUCGACGAGCGGGAGGACGUGAACUUUGACCACUUCCAGAUUCUGCGGGCGAUUGGAAAGGGAAGCUUUGGCAAGGUGUGUAUUGUGCAGAAGAGAGACACUGAGAAGAUGUAUGCCAUGAAGUACAUGAACAAACAGCAGUGCAUCGAAAGAGAUGAGGUUCGCAAUGUGUUCAGAGAGCUGGAGAUCCUGCAGGAGAUCGAGCACGUGUUCCUGGUGAAUCUCUGGUACUCCUUCCAGGAUGAGGAGGACAUGUUCAUGGUGGUGGAUCUGCUUCUUGGUGGUGACCUGCGCUAUCACCUGCAGCAAAACGUUCAGUUUACGGAAGAAACAGUCAAACUCUACAUCUGUGAGAUGGCACUGGCUCUCGACUACCUACGAAGUCAGCACAUUAUCCACAGAGACGUAAAACCAGACAACAUCCUCCUCGAUGAGCAAGGUCAUGCACAUUUAACAGAUUUUAAUAUUGCAACAAUAAUUAGGGAUGGUGAAAGAGCAACUGCAUUAGCUGGAACAAAGCCAUACAUGGCUCCGGAGAUCUUCCAUUCCUUCCUCAAUGGCGGGACAGGCUACUCCUUCGAGGUGGAUUGGUGGUCGCUGGGAAUCAUGGCUUACGAACUGCUGCGGGGCUGGAGACCAUAUGACAUCCACUCGAACAACCCUGUGGAGUCUUUAAUUCAGCUGUUCAGUACUGUGAGCGUUCAGUAUUCGUCUGCAUGGUCAAAAGAAAUGAUUGCUCUAUUGAGAAAGCUGCUGACGGUGAAUCCCGAGCAUCGCUUUUCCUGCCUGGCUGAUGUUCAGGCCUCGGCGUACUUGUCCGGUGUGGUCUGGAGCGACGUCUGUGAGAAGCGGGUGGAGCCGGGCUUCGUCCCCAAUAAGGGCCGCCUGCACUGUGACCCCACCUUCGAGCUGGAGGAGAUGAUUCUGGAGUCGAGGCCCCUGCACAAGAAGAAGAAGAGGCUUGCGAAGAACAAGUCGAGGGAUAACAGCAAGGACAGCUCACAGUCUGAAAAUGACUAUCUCCAAGAAUGCCUUGAAGCUAUCCAGCAAGACUUUGUCAUCUUUAACAGAGAGAAGCUAAAGAAGAGCCAAGAGCAGAUGAGCGAGUCUGUGUCCCCCCCUGAGACCACCGAUGAAGCCGAGACGGAGGCUGAGUCUGAGACCUCCAACUUGAACAUGUGCAGCUCCGUCUGCUCCUCCACGGGCAGCAGCUAGGCUGCAGCUGCCGGGCGAGGGUGGCCAGCCCGCGCCGUGCCAAUAACCCGUUCUCAGGUUGCACUGAGCACCACAGGCUGUCCUCCGAUACCACCGGAGAGCACCGACAACUCGUCUUGCAAAGCUGUAGCAAAAGAGAGAGUUCUUACGGAACUGCAUUCCUGGAUUUAACGGAUCGCCAGUUUGGCACACUGGUUGCCUGUUGUGGGUAAAGAUACUUGCUAUGCAACUUGUCGGAGAAGGUAGAUCAACUUCUUUUGCUUGUUCUUUUUUGAUGUCAGAUUGCUGAUCUGCACAUGGUUUUAAAACAGUAAAGUGACAAAAAAAGAACUUACGUCCUUGGGUACUACAAGGGGCGACGCCAGGUGGGUGUGGCGAGGGAGGAAGGCUGAAUGGGUGGCUUGAAUUUUACUUUGGCGUUCCUUGUUCAUAAAGGCUGCCAUAGGGACAAGCAAUUCCCAGUGUAAAUCAGGGCAGCUCCAGGGCCUCUGCGGGCUGUGGUGGGUGGCACCAGCCUCCUGGGGGCCUCGAGCUGCUUGAGUCCUGCUGCAGAAGGACAUCCCAGGCACGUCCUUGUCCUCUCAUCACCUGUCAGAGUUUCUUUCCCAACUCGGGGCAAAUAAAUAUUUUAUCGUACACUCCAUGAAUUCUUCAGGGGCUGGGUAAUAAUUAAACAUGUAAUUGAGCUGCAGAAUGUAUUUAAAAUACUUGCUUUCUUCACAUAACUGCAGUGAGUGGCGAGGAGCUGUGCGAGCUGACCAGAGCGUUUGGUUCUGGUUGUCCGGGCUUGGAGGACACUGUUUGUCACAGGUUCAGAUUUUAUUGGAGGUGAAGUGGGUGCCUUGCAUUGCCGCUUGGUUACAAAAGAUGGGAAUAUCUUAUUUUACCCUUCAAUUUCCUUUAUUUUCAGUGCAAAGUAAAAGUACUGUAUAUAAUUUACUGAUACCUGUUUUAACUUCUUAAUAAGAUGGGAGAUCUCCUAAACUUGUUCCAGCUGUGGAUGUUGCCUUUCUUGUUCCAGAAGCUUUCACUAUAUUAGUUGCCUAAUCUGCUGUAUGUAGAGUGGCUUUUGGUUUCUAUUGCUAAAAAUGAGCCAUGGGUUCUGCUGCAGCGUACGGCUACUGUGAUAAACAGGGGCUUCGUCAGGACUGCAUUCACCUUUGAACUAUCAACAUCUGUUUGCUGCCAGACAUUAGGAGGUUGCAGUGUUUGCAUCCUUACUGUACAUUUGUAACAUAAAAAUGGGUAGAAAAUGUUUUUAACAGAUGCAGACUCUUUCAGGACAUGUUUUGUUGCGUUUUUCUUUUCCACAAAUAAAAUAGAAAAGCGUAACUGGUAUGAAACAAUUUUAUAUGAAAAAUGACACGACGCAUUUGUUUUCCACAGUUUUAUGUGGAAACUAGUAUGUGGCUAAAAUUGUGCAGAACCAAAUUUUCACAGACGUCUUUAAAAGAAGCAUUCAGGUGUGCAGGCACAACUCGCACAGGGGAGGGGGGCGAAAGCUCUGAUGCCAGUUGCACAGUUAUUGUCGGCACGGAGCCAGGUAAUGGUGAGCAUCCAGCCCUGGGCCGUGCCCGGCGAGGGACCGGGGUCGCACCGCGGGGCCCUGGGGUUGGCCGCAGGUCCUUGCACAGGCAUGCCCCACACCUCAUUAGAAGCUGCGUUAAUGAGGGGCUGGAGGGGAGCUGCAGCCGUUCCAUGAGCGAGGUCUGAAAUAAAUGCUUUCCCCAGCUACAGGAGGGCACCUACCCCCAGCUCUGGCCCUGGGCUGUGCUGGCGGGGGGACCUGCCCUCUCUGCCUCUAGUGACAUCCAGUCUGAUUACUGGGUACCAGGGUAGACUAAUUACCCUAAUCACUUUCUCCCACAUAUCAGAGCACACCUGUGUGUGCGUGGAUGGGCCACACACUCUGGCCCCGUUUGCUGCUGGUGAGCAGCCCUUGCUCCCUGCGUGGGCAGCCUGGUCCUCACCCCCGUUUCUCUCUGCGUCUUGUGUCCCCUGUGCCCCCGGCCUGAGCACCCGGCUCUGUCCCAGCACAGUGUGCUGCGCUUUGGCUGCCGGCUGUGCCGCUGGCUGUGUGCCUUGGUGGGCUCAGCUCCCACAGUGCGGGAAUGGUGCCUGUUGGCAAUGGCCACCAGUGAUGGCCAGGGUGCCUUGCAACGUAGUAGUCACACCUUAAUCUCAAGUCACAAGACCAGAUCAGGACCGGCUCUAAUUUGCUUCUGGUCAGAGCAGUGUGAUAAUUCUGCUGCUGUGAGGGCCACCGCUUGGCCUGCCAGGACUCAGGUGGGGCAAGAGAAGCAGACUGAGGGUCAAAACCAUGUAUUUAUUCAGGAAUUAGAAAUUACAGAUGAUUUACUCCACCGGUAUGGACAGUUUUUUCCAGUAGACACCAUUGCACUAUCAUCUUUCUGUAAAUAAUUACAAAAGUUCAGACUAUCAGAAUGACAAGGAACAUACUUAUUUUUUGACCAAACUGUUCUGUAUAUGAGAUGCAGAUAGAUCCUAUUCAAGCAGAAGCUCUCAGGCCAGGAGGGAUGUCAGCAGUUUGGCAGGACAUGUCUAACAGCCAUUUUCAUUGCUUUCUGUAGGACAAGUGACAAAUGGCCUGUGAGGCCAAGGUUGGCGCAUGUAGGGAGGAGCUGGCUCACUUCUGAAAUGGAUGUUUCUUACCCUAAACUCUCUCCGUGUGGGUCAUUUAUGUUCCCUUUUCAGCACUGCUCUUCCUGGGUAAAUUGUGCAAAAUGUCCUCAGCAACGCUCAGCAGAAACUGGGAAGGCUUCUGGGGAGCCGCCAGGUAGUUUGUCCUUCCCAGCUGAGGAAAUGUGGGGCAGGUUCUGGCUGCCCGGGAAGCACCGCUGAAACCCAGCAAUGCAUCUCCCAGGGAUGUGCCGGGGAAAACUCUUCUUUCUGCCUCAGUCUGUUUCUAAACCUUAAAUCACUGAGAGAAGUGACAGGACACAGACCUCUCGGACCAUUGCGCUGAGCAGCAGGACACCGUGAGUGUAAUACAACUGAAGUGCUCAUUUUUCAUCUUCAAUAAUGCAUGGGCCUAACUUCAUCAGUGCCCAUUGGGGACCAGGUUUUAUUGAUGCUAUUUAUGCCUAGUCCCUGGAGAAGAAAUUACAAGAAAAGAGUAACUGGAAAAUGGAAAAAUGAUAGGAAACAGGUACAUGUAUGCUUCAUUGUCAAAAUCUCCACAAUGGGUUUCAAUGCACAGGGCCCUUCCACUCUUGCUGUGCUGCUGUUCUCUGGGGCCCUUUUGUGCCAUGUCCCCAUCGCUGUGUCCCCAUAACGAGCCUGUGCUGACUGGGCUGGCUGAGCUCCUUCCCAGGGGUGCCCGGCUGUAAAGCUAACCCCCUCCGUGGGCUCCUGCAGGGGAUGGGCGCCCCUUUGCUCCCUGUCCCGCUGCGUUGGGGGGCUGCCGGCACAGACCGGGCUGGGGUGGGGAGCUGUGCCUGGGGGUGCGGUGGGGUUGCCCACCAACGCCGCCCUCCAGUGCCGCUGUCCCUGUGACCGUCAGUGUUGAACCAGUCCGGUGCCGGUGCCGGCCAGCGGCCGUGUGCGGAGGGCUGUGGCCUGUCGGUGGUGGGGCGGCUCAUGCGGCAUGGGGGCAGCUGGCCAGGGCCAGCGGAUCGACUGGCAGCUGCCAGCCCUCCUGGCUCCUGCAGCGCGGGCAAUGCACGGCACGAGGCAUGCGCUGGCGCAGGGGGUGUUCGCUGCAGAAGGACUGGUGCCAGUGAAAAACGCGUGGCUUUGAAAGCCCCCAGACCGCCCCUCUCCUGCUACGCUCUCCGCUGCAUUAGAGCCUGAGGCAGCCCUAGAUGUGAGCAAAACUCACAGUGAAGUCGUGAAAUACUCCUGGUACCAAACCCCAUCACGCAGAGCUUGAAGUAAGUCAGUCGCAGCUCUGGUUUACAUCUCCACUACAACCAGAAUACAAUAAUUUUCUGUGUAUAAAUAUUUAAAUACAUGUAUUUUUUUGUAUAACAGGGUGUAUAUACAGGGUGUGCCAUUGUUCGCUCUGAAAAGUCUACAUCACCUAUAAAUUAUUCCCCUUAAAUUCCUUGCCAUAAGA